AUAGACGUGAGCGGGUCUCCGUCUAAGCAUUUGUAGAUUAUAAGUUUUAUUGUAAUAGAUAUAAGUUUUAUCACCUGAGACUGUAUAUGUUUUGUGUACCGUCAAGUCAAGUUGAGAACGUAGACAUAACAUCUGGUGACGAGUUUUAAAGUGAUCGUGUUGUUUUGUGCCCGUCAAAAGCAACAUUUGGAACCCGAGGUUACGUAGUGCGCGUCGUAUUUAUUUAUUCGUGUACGUGCGUUCGCGUUCAGUGUUUUUAAAAUACCACCGAGACGAAAAAGGGCUAGAAUGAAUAGCCAAGGCGACCAGGAGGCGGAUGAGCAGCGUAGGCAGUCGCAGCAAUGGUUUCAACACGCUUUGUCUCCAGGACCGGCAAAUCCUGCUCCAGUGCCAGCGAUGCCGCCAUUUCAGAUGCCAACAGCCGAGAAUGGUGUACCGCCAUCGCAAAUCGCAGGAACGUCGGGUCAUCAACCUACGCCGGGAACGUCGGAUGUAAUGUAAAUCGUGCUGCAACUCCAAACGCAAAUGAACAAAUUACUUUUAAUUCAUCGUGAAGGUAAUGUUUCACAACCACCGCUUGUAUCAUCACCAGCCCCAAACCACGAGCAAAUUCUAGAUGCGCUUUGUGGUCAUAUAAAAGAGUUUCGCUUCGAUGAAGAGGAAAGGGUUACCUUCGCGAAUUGGUUUUCUCGAUACGAAGAUUUAUUCGCUAAGAACGCUUCGAAGCUCGAUGAUGCAGCAAAUGUGCGGCUAUUAAUUCGGAAGUUGGGCAGUAGCGAGUACAACAGAUACGCCAGUUUUAUUUUGCCAAAACAUGCUCGCGAUUACACGUUCGACGAAACCGUAAAGAAACUCACAGCUCUUUUUGGCAGCAAAGAGUCCGUUUUGAGAAGACGUUAUAAGUGUUUGAAUACCACUAAAGCAUAUAGUGAGGAUUAUCUGUCCUUUGCUUGCCGGGUGAACAGAGCGUGUGUGGACUUUGAGGUUGGCAAAAUAAGCGAAGAACAACUGAAGUGUCUCAUCUUCGUGUGCGGGUUACGGAACGAAAGCGACGAAGAGAUUCGUACUCGACUUCUUUCACUAAUAGAAAACCGGCCGGAGAUUGAAGAUUUGAAUUGAAGAUUGAAGAUUUAACGGAAGAGUGCCAACGCGUACUAAAUUUGAAAAUGGAUAGCGCAAUGAUAGAAAAAACACCCAUAGAAAAAGUGUGAGCAGUAGCAAAGAGCAAUGAUAGACAAUAUGGUAGAAGACAAAAUGGUUACGAUAGUAUUCAACACACACAACAGCCAAAUUAUCAGUAUGGCCGCGCUAGAAGCUGCUGGCUGUGUGGAGGCGACCAUCAUGCAAUAAAGUGCAAUCUUAAAAAUUAUAAAUGCUCCAUCUGCAACACUAUGGGACACAAAGAAGGCUACUGUAGCUCGGCAAUUCGUUGGAACGCGAGCAGAAGAAAAAGUGCGAUCAGAAGCGUUACGAUUAUGGAAGUUGGAAGCGGGCGAGGAAGAAGCAUCGAUGUGCUGAUAAAUCGAACUAAGGUGAGAAAGAUGGUGGAUACCGGCGCAGACAUAACCAUCGCUUCAUCGAGAUUAUGGCAACAGAUGGGGGAACCAGUGUUGAAACCAUCAACGAUAAUGGCAAGAACGGCAUCGGGGGAGCAGCUGAAUCUACUUGGGGAGUUUACUGCUAAAAUUACACUAGCCCAACAACGCGAAGAUUGUGUGAUACGAGUGGCCUCGGAGAACCUCUCACUUUUUGGAAGAGAUGCGAUGGACAUUUUCAACCUCUGGAACGUACCGCUGGCAACUGUUUGCAACCAACUGUCUUCGCACAUACACACCGUUUAAACGUAUGGUAACGUGGCUAUAACCAGACCAGAUCCGGCUCCAAAUGUCUGCGCGCAACCGUCCGAUUCGAUACUAGCAAGCGCAGCAGCUACGUGCUCGCCAACACCGCAGGUUCCUUGUCCACCACCAUCAAGAGAGAUUGCCAUACGUUCGGAAACAUUCCCGGAAGACAUGCAUAGUGAGUCUGCGAUGCCAGUGUAGCCUCUACGCCGUUCUUCCCGAACACGAAGAUCGCCGCGUUGGAUGCCUAUGUACAAACCGUAUUAAAGCAGGGGGGAUGUUGGGGAGUGCCCUCGUGUAGACGGCCUUACAGAUGCAGAUGCUGCAUGGGCCUCCUUCUCUCAGGUGACAGGGACUGUCACCUAGAGACGAAGUGAGCACGAAAAGGUCACUCCCCCACGAGCCGAGCCGAGAGAUAGACGUGAGCGGGUCUCCGUCUAAGCAUUUGUAGAUUAUAAGUUGUAUUGUAAUAGAUAUAAG